GCGUCGGUGAAACAUGGCGCCGCUUGCCGCGCGUACGUCACCUGAGUGAGAGAAUCAAGCAAGAAACGCGUGCGGAGAGGAGAGUGUCGUUACUUUCCUCAGAUCAAGGGGUUUAGUGUUCAGUCGGUUAUUUCGCCCUCUACGGCCAUCGCUGGAACUUGAGUGUUUCCUGGGCCUGGUGAAAGCAUGUGAAGGGCCUUGGUAUCGCCAUGUGAUGGUGGCGUGUGGUCGGCUAUGGGCUGAGUCUUUGGAAUGCGCGAGAGACUUGUGCGGGCUCUACUGCUGACGUGUGGUUGCCUCCUCGUGGAUGUGCUCGCGAACUUGGUGUCAUCGGAUGGCUUGAAAGAGGACAUCUUCUUCGAAAUACUUGAACCCGAGAGCCUGAGGUACACGUUUCGUCUGAGGCCCGCGCACGAGUUCGGUUCGUCAUUUGCUGUCCAGCUAUCCAAUGUGGGCCUGGUGUUGUCUGAGCCACUGCAGGGCUGCGCCAGCCUCGUCAAUCGUCUUGAGCUUCGUCACAAUGUGGUGCUCGUCGAACGCGGGGGUUGCUCAUUCCUGACUAAGUGUGUGGAGGUGAGGCGCCAGGGAGCGCUAGCCGUCAUUGUGGCUGACAGUGACCUGAGCAAUGAUGAGCAGUAUGUGGAUAUGAUGGACGACAGCACACGGCGCAACUGCAGCAUACCAGCAGCGUUCUUGCUUGGCAAGGACGGCUACAUGAUUCGCCGGGGCCUGGAGGCACAUGGCCUUCGCAGAGCUCUGAUCAACAUCCCCGUCAAUGUUAGCGGUGUGCCUGCUCACCGGCUGCGUCAGCCACCGUGGCUUGUCUGGUGAUGUUAAUAAAGGACCCAAGCACAGAGGUGGCUCACUAAUGAAACCAAAGCCACAUUUGUGCAAAUCCUACAUGUUAACGAGAC